AUGCUCUCUCUACAAAAAUCUUCAAGCAUUUUUGUUUAUUUGGAUCAAACAAAUGACAUCAACAAUUGCUUUGUUUGUUCUCCUUAUUUCUGUCUUUCAUCACUUGUUGAAUAUUUUAUUUCAAAUGGUGCAAAUAUCAAUGCUAAAGAUGCAUUUGGAUGGACUCCUCUUUAUUGUGCAGCUGAUUUCAAUUGCAAAGAAAUUACAGAAAUCCUUAUUUCAAACGGUGCAGAUAUCAAUGCUAAAAUCAUGCUUCGAUUUACUCCUCUUUAUAUUGCAGCCAUGAGUAAUAGCAAAGAAGUAAUAGAAAUACUUUUAUCAAAUGGUGCAGAUAUCAGUGCUUCUUACGAAAAUGGACAGACCAUUCUUCAUUUGGUAGCUAGGUUCAAUCGCUACAAAGCAGCAGAAAUCCUUAUUUCAAAAGGAGCAAAUGCAAACACUAAAGAUAGUGAUGGAAAUACCCCUCUUCAUUAUGCAAUUAAGAAUAAUCACAUAGAAACGGCAAAAAUCCUUAUUUCGAAUGGUGCAGAUUUAAAUGCUAUUUUUCAUUAUGCAGUCAGUGAAAAUCGCAAAGAAAUAAUAGAAAUCCUUAUUUCAAAAGGCGCAAAUAUCAAUAUUAAAGACAAAUAUGGACAUACCCCUCUUCAUUGUGCUGUCGCGCAUAAUUACAAAGAAAUAGUAGAAAUCCUUAUUUCAAAUGGUGCAGAUAUCGAUGCUAAAGACAAAAAUGAUCAUACACCUCUCUAUUCAGCAGUCGAUCUCAAUCGCAAAGAAUUAGCAGAAUUCCUUAUUUCAAAUGGUGCAGAUAUCAAUGCUAAAGACAAUUAUGGAUUUACUCCUCUUCAUUGGGCAACCGCGGUCAAUCGCAAAGAAUUAGUAGAAAUCCUUAUUUCAAAUGAUGCAGAUAUCAAUGCUAAAGACAAAGAUGGACAGACACCUCUCCAUUCAGUAGUCCAGCUCAAUCGCAAAGAAUUAGCAAAAAUCCUUAUUUCAAAUGGUGCAAAUAUCAAUGCUAAAGACAAAGAUGGACAGACACUUCUUCAAAUUGCUAUCUUGAAUAAUUACAAAGAAUUAACAGAAAUCCUUAUUUCAAGCAAUUCAAAAUAA